UAAAACCCUCUAGGGUUUUUCCAACUACCUCAUAUUCAGAUACAAAGCUCCUCUUUUUAUUUUCCCCUUUCUUCUCUCCCUCUCUCUCCUCAAAACGAAACCAAAGCUUCGAUCUUUACUCAGCCAUGGCGCCGACCAAAUCAAAGAAGCCGGACUACUCCUCGCUCCGACACCUCUUCAAGCCCCACAUCGAGUCCUUCGACUACUUCAUCGACAAAGGGAUGGAGCUCGCUCUCACCUCCAUUAGGCCUGUUGAGAUCGCCGAUGGCAAUACCAAAUUAAGAAUAUAUUUUGGUGAGCCGCGGUUGUUGCCUCCAAGGGAUGCUUCGGCCAAUAGAAACAUUUAUCCGCAAGAGUGCAGAGAAGCAAGAACAACGUACAAAGGAGAUUUCUCAGUCGAAGUAUUUUUCCAGUACAAUGAUGGGCCCUCAAUUAGGCAUAGGCUCAGCUUUGGUCAAUUGCCCAUAAUGUUGAUGUCGAAACGCUGUCAUUUAAGAGGUGCUGACCCCUCAAAACUUAUUUAUCAUAAGGAAGAGGCCACUGAAAUGGGUGGGUACUUCAUUUGUAAUGGGUUGGAAAGACUCUGUCGACUUCUGAUUCUGCAAAAACGUAAUUAUCCAAUGAGUCUGGUGCGCAAGGUAUUUCGUGCACGGGGAGAUGGAUACAGUGAUAAGGCAGUCGUGAUGAGAUGUGUUCGAGAAGAUCAGUCUGGUGUGACAGUUAAAUUGUAUUAUCUUCAAAAUGGAAGCGCAAGACUUGGUUUCUGGAUUGGAGGAAGAGAGUUCUUGCUUCCUGUCGGCAUUGUCUUGAAGGCUCUCAUUGACACUAAUGACCAUGAAAUCUAUGUGAGCUUAACAUGCUGCUAUAAAGAGAGAUAUCAGCGGGAAAAGGGUGCUGUUGGCACGCAGCUGAUAGGUGAAAGGGCUCAAAUAAUUCUUGAUGAAGUCAGAAACUUGUCUCUUUUUACGCGCUCUGAUUGCUUAAAGCAUAUUGGGGAAUACUUUAAACCGGCCAUUGAUGGAUUUGAAGCUGAAAGUUACACAGCUGUUGCGGAUGCUGUUCUGAGAGAUUAUAUAUUUGUGCAUCUUACAAGCAACCAUGACAAGUUCAAUUUGCUAAUUUUUAUGCUACAGAAGCUUUAUGCACUUGUAGAUCAGACUGCUGCACCUGAUAAUGGGGACGUGCUGCAAAAUCAGGAAGUUCUACUACCUGGACACUUAAUUUCUAUUUAUCUUAAGGAAAAAGUUGUGGAAUGGCUACGCAGAUCAAGGCGCCUGCUUGCUGAAGAGAUGGCCAAAAGCAAAGACUUCAGCAUUAAAGAUCCCGAGCAAGUAAAGAAAUUUCUGGCUCGAAGUUCUGUUUCAAUAGGCAGAAGUAUUGAGAGCAUGUUAAAGGUUGGAAGAUUGGCUACUGCAUCGAGUUUAGACUUACCUCAGAAAGAAGGAGUGACUAUUCAAGCAGAGAGACUAAACUAUCUUAGAUUCAUAUCUCAUUUUUGUGCUGUUCAUCGAGGUGCUGCCUUUGCCAAAAUGCGAACGACAGUUGUACGAAAACUGAUGCCAGAGUCUUGGGGUUUCCUCUGUCCAGUUCAUACACCUGAUGGAGAGCCUUGUGGCCUGCUCAACCAUAUGACAUCUACAUGCUGUAUUACCUCUUACUUCAACACUGAGGGUAAAGUAAAAGAUUUUCGUGAUAUACAAAGAUCAAUUCAGAAUGUGUUGAUUCGUCUUGGAAUGAGUCCUUUGCUGCCAAAGCUUGAACAUGCCGGUCCUCCGGAGGUUCUUCAAGUUCUAUUAGAUGGGCGUCUUGUAGGUUCUAUUGCGUGUACGGAAGUAGAGAAAGCUGUUGCACAUAUUCGUAGCUUGAAGCUUUCUGCAUCUUCGAGGGUCGGGCUGAUUCCUGAUGAUCUGGAAGUGGGAUAUGUACCUCUAAGUCUUGGGGGAGCCUACCCUGGCUUGUACCUUUUCACUUCUCCUUCAAGAUUUCUUCGGCCAGUUAGGAACAUUUCCCAUACCACAGAUCAAAAUAUUGAGCUGAUUGGUCCAUUUGAACAGGCAUUUAUGGAAAUACGAUGUGCUGAUGGUAGUGACGGUGGAAGAAGAUCGUUUCCAGCAACACAUGAAGAAAUCCAUCCAACUGGCAUACUUAGUGUAGUUGCAAACCUCACGCCAUGGUCUGAUCACAACCAGAGUCCCCGUAACAUGUAUCAGUGUCAGAUGGCAAAGCAAACUAUGGGAUUUUCUUCACAAGCUAUACGAUUUCGUACGGAUGUGAAAGCAUACCAUCUACAGACACCUCAAUCUCCAAUCGUGCGGACAGCGUCGUACAAUAAAUAUUGUGUAGAUGAAUUCCCCACUGGAACAAAUGCAAUUGUAGCAGUGCUAGCUUACUCAGGCUAUGACAUGGAAGAUGCCAUGAUCUUGAAUAAGUCAUCCGUUGAUCGUGGGCUGUGUCGUGGACAUAUAUAUCAGACAGAAUCAAUUGACUUGGCAGAGAGGCAGGAAAAAUCAAGUAAAAAAGUCUUUGCAAGAAGCAAUGAUAAGAGCAUGAGUUCUUCCAUUGAUUCUGACGGGCUUCCUUAUAUUGGACAGAUGGUAAAACCAAAAGAACCACUGUAUAGCACUUACGAUGACUUGACUAGCGAUGUAAAAUCCACUCUUCUCAAGGGAUCAGAACCCGUUAUUGUUGAUAAUGUGACUGUUAUAGGUACAGCUUCAAAGAACUGCAUGCAAAAGGUUAAUAUACGUACUCGCCGCAUUAGAAAUCCUAUCAUUGGUGACAAAUUCAGCAGCAGACAUGGACAGAAGGGUGUUUGCUCUCAGCUAUGGCCUGAUAUUGAUAUGCCAUUUUCUGCAGUUACCGGAAUGCGACCUGAUCUCAUAAUUAAUCCUCAUGCAUUUCCUUCCAGAAUGACAAUUGGAAUGCUUUUAGAAUCUAUUGCUGCUAAGGCAGGAAGCCUUCAUGGGAAGUUUAUAGAUGCAACACCUUUUGCGAGCUCAGUUGAUAAAAAGGAUGGAAAGGAACGCUCAGAACGAAGCUCUUUGGUUGAUGAACUGGGCCCUAUGCUAGCAUCCCAUGGGUUUAAUUAUCAUGGAUCAGAGGUCUUGUAUAGUGGAUUUUAUGGUACAGAGAUGACUUGUGAAAUAUUUAUUGGGCCUGUAUACUACCAACGGCUUAGACAUAUGGUGUCUGACAAAUUUCAGGUUCGGUCCACUGGAACUGUGGACCCAAUAACCCGGCAACCAGUCGGAGGAAGAAAGCGAGGGGGAGGUAUUCGAUUCGGUGAGAUGGAACGAGACUCUGUUCUUGCUCAUGGAGCUGCCUAUCUCUUACACGACCGUCUCCACUCUUGCUCGGAUUAUCACAUUGCCGAGGUUUGCUCUUUUUGUGGCAGUUUACUUACUGCGACAGUAAUUCAACAGCAGAAGAGAAUAGUGCAAGAGAUUCCAGGGGUUCCCCAAACCAGAACUCCGAAGAAUUUUACGUGCCAUGCCUGCAAAACCAAGAAGGGGAUGGAGACGGUGGCGAUGCCUUACGUUUUUAGGUAUUUGGCCGCUGAGCUUGCAGCCAUGAAUAUCAGAAUGGAGCUUAAGCUGAGUAAUAGAGCUGGGUGCUAAAUUUAGGAGUAAAUUACUAUGUUUAAUGCUCAAGGCUUUGCCCGUUUGUACGCGCACAACCGUUGGGAGGAAGAGCGAGCGCUUGAAGGGUGGUGCUUGUUUUUUUGAUAGAAUUAUGAUUUGUGUUCGAAAGCUAGCUUUGAGCAGGAGAGCAAGUGUGACAUUUUGUAAGCAUUUUGUGUUUUGUUAAAUAACUAACUGAGUGCAUUUUUGUAAAAGGUGAAAUUAUUUUUAUUUGAGAGCAAGUGAGAGUUUCAGGGGAUUAAAAUUGCAAUAUUGCUGUUCAAGUGAAGCUUUGAAAUCUGUAUGGAAACUAACGGACUGUGCUUUGCA